AUGGUUGCUGCUGAGGGGGGGGUAGAGCCAAGCGCCGACCCCAAACAGUGGAAUACAUCAUGCGAAAUCGCGAACUCGGAUAAUCAGCAAUUGCACUGGCAGUCGGAUGCCCGUGAAACGGCUGUCGCUGAGGCAGUCGCGGCAGUUGCUCAUUCUGGAGGCCAUGAAUAUGGCAGCUCGCACUUCGAGGCUCUCAAUCUCAUGCUGCCGCGGGCUGCCUCUGCGGCACUGGGAUCCAGAUCGGAAUCUGGUAGCAUCCGGAUCAAAUUAGGCAGCCAAGCUCAAAGCGAAGGAUCUGCGAUCGCAGGGACUCAUGCGGUUCUUCAUGGAUAUGAAGCCUUGAGGGCGAUGCGAGCAAGGGCGCACGAAUUCAGGAAAGGCUAUCACAACUGGAGGCGCCAUCAGGCGCACGGCGCUAGAGGAGACGUCCAUGAUGUCUUUGCCGAAGACGCUUCUACUGCAACGCAACAUGUAAUCCCCUGGUCGCACAACGCUGCCUCUUCGCUGGAAAGCACAGGGAUACUGAUGCGCGCGUCUAGCACUAACGGCUCCGACAAUGCGGCAAGGGGUAUCAUCUUGACAGCUCCAGGAGCUGCUCCCCCCCCCUCUGCAUUGGCGGAAGUCGAGGCUCUUAGCCGGGGGCACUCCAUGGAAAAGAUGGAGCUCGAGCCGAAGUGGCUGCGCUUCUUCUUCAACCCGCAUACCCCCCUCCUUUCUGCUGGUGUUUGGCCCCUUAGGAGAGACUUUCUUCCGCACAUUUCACAAAAAGCAACCGUGCCGCAGUACCCCGUUGACAGCACCGCUGUCAAAUGCUGGAUUGCGCAUAUUGGCGUUGGCGGCUUUCACCGCAGCCACCAGUGUGUUUUUUAUGACGACCUCCUCACGAAGACUGCCCUAGGACUCCUCCCGGACGACUUGCCCGAAGGAGUAGAUCGAGGACCUUGGGCAGUGUGCGGCGUUGGCAUUUUGCCGAGCGACAAACGCAUGUGCGACAUCUUGCACGAUCAGGAGUUCCUGUAUACGGUGCUCACGAGAAGUCAAAGGAUAUGCGAAGCGCGUGUAGUCGGCUCCUUGAUGGAUUUUGUAUUUGCUCCAGAGGAGCCUAUGCGCCUUCGAGGACUGUUGGUGGACUUAAGAACGAAGCUGCUCUCUCUGACGAUUACGGAGAAAGGCUAUUGCAUGGCCACUGACGGCAAUCUAGACAGAGAGUCGAGGGGUGUCAAGAGCGAUCUGACGAUCGCCAAGGCAAACAAAACUACGUGGCAGGGCGUCGAGACACCCCAAACGGCCAUAGGCCUUAUUUACAUGGGACUGGCGCUCAGGAGGGCUGCAGGCAUUAGACCAUUCACCGUCCUUUCUUGCGAUAAUAUUCCGAACAACGGCAAGCUCUUGAAGAGGAUGGUCGUUCAGUUUGCCACCGAAGUGGAUGUAGAAAUGGCAACGUGGAUUAGCAAACACGUCUGCUUUCCUUGCACGAUGGUUGACCGCAUUACUCCCAUGACUGGCAGCGAGCACAUCGCUCUUCUUGAAGAAGACUACGGCGUGGGAGACAAGUGGCCUGUAGUUGCUGAAGACUUCAAGCAAUGGGUAAUAGGGGAUACGUUCUGCAACGACAGACCGUUCUUUGAAGCCGUCGGCUGCCUGGUAGUCAGGGAGGUUCAGAGUUACGAAGAGAUGAAGCUCAAGCUUUUGAACGCUGGACACAGCUGCAUUGCAUACAUUUCAACCUUGCUGGGCUAUCGAUACGUAGACGAAGCCAUACGAGAUGUUCGGAUCAGUGGAUUCUUGAGGAGCUACAUGGAUGAAGCGACUCCGUGUCUUAAGGAUCUCAAGGUCGACAUUGAGCGGUACAAAGAGAGGGUUGUAGAGCGCUUUGGAAACGCUUUCGUGAAGGACGAGCUGCAGCGCGUCGCCCAGGAUGGCAGCAGCAAGUUUUACAGCACCACACGUUCGUCCAUCUGUCAGCUGCUAGAGCAGCACAAGGGUGUUGCCAAGAUCUCCCUCGCCUUAGCCGCGUGGAUCGUCUACUUCGCAACGGAUCAGGUGGAUGGCAUCAAGAUCGAACCGUCUGACCCCAAAACAAAUGUUUUGCGCGGAUUCGCGUGCGAGGCUCUAAGACAGCCUUUCUGUGUUUCACCAGUGGCAUCUUUUCUCCACACGGUAUAUGGCUUGCCAGACGCCCUAGCGUCAGUCCUUACCCGCUGGGUAACAAUGGCUGUGGCUGCCCUUUCACAGAGAGGCGUUGCAGAGACACUCGACGUGGGGGGCCCCUUAGAGGCGUUGUUGGAAGCGUGCUUCCACAAAGAACCGUCCUGGAUGAGAUUUGUAGAGUUUAGCGGGCAGAGGGGGGGAGCACGACGGCUUCUUAGUGAAAGCUCGGGGAUUCCAGGGCAGCCAGUUGACGAUAAACAGGAGCACUACUACACAGACAAAGAGAGUGCAGACACAGAUCGAUUGCAGGAGCACAACGAGGCCGCCUGA